CCCUAGCAAGCAACCCUGCUUUUAUAUUGCCUCAAAGCAGCUUAGGAGAGAGAGAGAGAGAGAGAGAGAGAGAGAGAGCAAAAAUGGUGUCGGGAUCAGGAAUAUGCGCGAAGAAGGUAGUGGUGGACGCGAGGCACCACAUGCUAGGGCGGCUAGCAUCAAUCGUGGCAAAGGAGCUGCUGAAUGGGCAAAAAGUAGUGGUGGUGCGAUGCGAAGAAAUAUGCAUGUCAGGAGGACUUGUAAGGCAGAAAAUGAAGUACAUGAGAUUCCUUCGCAAGCGAAUGAACACUAAACCUUCUCACGGUCCCAUUCACUUUCGUGCCCCUGCCAAGAUCUUCUGGCGCACUGUCCGCGGAAUGAUUCCACACAAGACAAAGCGUGGGGAAGCGGCACUUGCCCGAUUGAAGGUUUAUGAGGGUAUCCCACCACCAUAUGACAAGAUCAAAAGGAUGGUCAUCCCUGACGCUCUUAAGGUGUUGAGACUUCAGAGUGGACACAAGUACUGCCUGUUAGGUCGUCUAUCAUCUGAGGUUGGGUGGAACCACUAUGACACCAUCAGGGAGCUGGAGAAGAAGAGAAAGGAAAGGGCUCAGGUUAUGUAUGAGAGGAAGAAGCAGUUGAACAAACUCAGGGUCAAGGCCCAGAAGUCUGCAGAGGAGAAGCUUGGUUCCCAACUAGAUAUACUAGCUCCUGUUACAUACUGACGAGUUAGUAGCUUACAAUUUUGUUGAGGAUUUGUAUCUUGAUGGAUAUUUUCAAGGCUUUAUUUUAGUUGAAAAAUUAGAAUUUGAAUCUCCGGUAAAACUCUUGGGGUUGUCUAGUGUUUACUUAUUUUGGUUUUUAAGGGGGUUUAUAUAUCAGACUUGUGGUUCAUCAGUGUCAUUCUUUUUAAGGUGUUACAGGUUUGAACAUAAAGUCAUCAACUUAAUUGGUUUCGUGUUUGUUACA